AUGUCGGCUGUCCCGACUCGAAAAAUACCAUCAGAGGGUGGCAAAUCUCUCAAGCUUGCUUGUGCUACUUGUAUUCAAGGCCACAGGGCAUCUUCUUGUAAGCACCAGGAUGGAUCUAAGGGUCCCCUUCUGGUGGUUAAACGUCGCGGUCGGCCGCUGUCACAAUGCCAAGAGUGCCGGGAGCGUAGGCUACUUACCGGUAGACACACGCGUUGUGAUUGUAAAAAGAAGGAAAAGAAAACUGCUGAACCAAGCGAGGAACGUCCCAUGAAACGCCGUGUUAGCAAUUCGUCCACGCCGAUCGAUUUAUCUAGCCGUGCUUCGUCUUGUAAACAGGGACCCCUUUCCUUUGAAUUUUUACUUAAUCCUUGCAAGUGUGAAGAUGGCACUAUAUGUGUUUGUUGCAGAUCCCCUUACGAUGAUCAAAAGCUCGAACCUAUCACUAGUUGUUACAAAGAAAAUUUUGCAAACAUUGCCCCUACAUUGCCUAAAGAACAAUCUUCAAGUUCAUGCUGUGUUCCACCAUCUAUCAAGUUGCAAGAUGAUGUCAACCGAUCGAUGAAAUUGUUAGCCAAAGCUGCAGACAUGUCUCGAUCCUAUACACCCGAGUGCCAAUGCAUCGGGCCAUGCCGCUGUAAAGGGUGCUUGGGACAUGACUCGAAAUAUAACCAAGCAGAACUCAGUGAUGCCCCCACCUGUAAAACAUGUGUCGCAUGUGACAUUUCUAUGGAGAAUCCAACAGGUAUUGACACUAUUGAUCGUUGGGCUUUCACGGAUGCUGGCGUAUCCAGCCAGCGUUUUGCGUACGAUGUAAAGUAA